GGGAGAGGGGGGAGAGAAUAUUAGAGAACAUUAUGUUAAGGGGAACCAGAACAAGGUCAAGACCAGGGUCUGUUUAAAGCUGAAACGGACUGGGCAGGAAGUAUUUUCAAUGCAUAGUCCUCAUCACCAAACCAAUGAAUGGAAAAGAAGUGUGACCAGAAGUGACAGAUGACGCCACACCCUAGAUUGACUCAGGUCCCAUUAUCAAUACUAUCACGCCUGUUCCAGCCAGAGAGAAAGCAGCUUAAAGCCAUGGCAAGCCGAGGCCAGGGAGACAGAAGGUGCCCAAGUGAAUUCCCACCCCAACAGCGCGUGCCCACGCAAGCUUUCCUAUAGACACCAUUGUGUGAGGGAAGCACAGGUGGGCCACACGUAGCUCUUCUUAUCUCUGCCAUCCCGGCCCUCGCCAGCUCGGAGGAGCCUGGACCAUCGCGAGCCCGGCAGCCUGCAGCCGGGAGCGGCUCCUGGGGAGACGAGUGUCUCGGCGAGUGCGUGUGCGUGGGGAGGAGAGCAAAGACGUGAUUACUUCAGAAUUUAUUUAAGAGCCGGUGGAAACCACUGCAACAGCUUCCAGGGGAAGCCCUUGUUCCAGAGGAAGAGGAGGUGGCGGCUGCCAAGGAGGAGGAGGGGAGGAGGCAGAGAAGGAGGAGCAGCAGCGCGCACGAGGCAAGUGAGAGAAGAUGCUGUAGCCUCCUCGCCGGCUCCCACAAUGAUGUGUGAAGUGAUGCCCACGAUUAACGAGGAUACCCCAAUGAGCCAAAGGGGGUCCCAAAGCAGUGGCUCGGACUCAGACUCCCAUUUUGAGCAACUGAUGGUAAAUAUGCUGGACGAAAGGGAUCGUCUUCUAGACACCCUUCGAGAGACCCAGGAAAGCCUGUCACUUGCCCAGCAGAGACUGCAGGAUGUCAUCUAUGACAGAGACUCACUCCAGAGACAGCUCAAUUCAGCCCUGCCACAGGAUAGCGAAUCACUAACAGGAGGGCUGACUGGUUCUAAGGGGGCGGAUCCACCGGAAUUUGCUGCACUGACAAAAGAAUUAAAUGCCUGCAGGGAACAACUUCUGGAAAAAGAAGAAGAAAUUUCUGAACUCAAGGCUGAAAGAAACAACACAAGACUGUUACUGGAACAUUUGGAGUGCCUUGUGUCACGUCAUGAAAGGUCAUUAAGAAUGACAGUGGUAAAACGGCAAGCCCAGUCCCCCUCGGGAGUAUCUAGUGAAGUUGAAGUUCUCAAGGCACUGAAAUCUUUGUUUGAGCACCACAAAGCCUUGGAUGAAAAGGUAAGGGAGCGACUGAGGGUUUCUUUAGAAAGAGUCUCUGCACUGGAAGAAGAACUAGCUGCUGCUAAUCAGGAGAUUAUUGCCUUGCGUGAGCAAAAUGUUCAUAUACAAAGAAAAAUGGUAUCAAGUGAGGGAUCCACAGAGUCUGAACAUCUUGAAGGGAUGGAACCUGGCCAGAAAGUCCAUGAAAAGCGUUUGUCCAAUGGUUCCAUAGACUCAACUGAUGACACUAGUCAGAUAGUGGAACUACAAGAACUACUCGAAAAGCAAAACUAUGAAAUGGUUCAAAUGAAAGAACGCUUAGCUGCUCUUUCAUCACGAGUGGGAGAAGUGGAACAGGAAGCAGAGACAGCAAGAAAAGAUCUCAUUAAAACAGAAGAAAUGAAUACUAAAUAUCAAAGGGAUAUUCGGGAGGCCAUGGCACAGAAGGAAGAUAUGGAAGAAAGAAUCACAACCCUUGAGAAGCGUUACCUCAGUGCUCAGAGAGAAUCUACCUCCAUACAUGACAUGAAUGAUAAACUAGAAAAUGAGUUGGCAAACAAAGAAGCCAUCCUACGGCAGAUGGAAGAGAAAAACAGACAGUUACAAGAGCGUCUUGAACUGGCUGAGCAAAAGUUGCAGCAGACUAUGAGGAAGGCUGAAACAUUACCUGAAGUAGAGGCUGAACUGGCUCAGAGAAUUGCAGCCCUAACAAAGGCUGAAGAAAGACAUGGAAAUAUUGAAGAGCGUAUGAGACAUCUAGAAGGUCAACUUGAGGAAAAGAAUCAAGAACUUCAAAGAGCUAGGCAAAGAGAGAAGAUGAAUGAAGAGCAUAAUAAAAGAUUGUCCGAUACUGUGGACAGACUUCUGACUGAAUCCAAUGAACGCUUACAGCUGCAUUUGAAGGAAAGAAUGGCUGCUCUAGAAGAGAAGAAUGUUUUAAUCCAAGAAUCAGAAACUUUCAGAAAGAAUCUUGAAGAAUCUUUACAUGAUAAGGAAAGAUUAGCAGAAGAAAUUGAAAAACUGAGAUCUGAACUUGACCAACUGAAAAUGAGAACUGGCUCUUUAAUUGAACCCACAAUAUCAAGAACUCAUCUAGACACUUCAGCUGAGUUGCGGUACUCAGUUGGAUCUCUAGUGGACAGCCAGUCUGAUUACAGGACAACUAAAGUGAUAAGAAGACCAAGGAGAGGCCGUAUGGGUGUGAGAAGAGAUGAGCCAAAGGUGAAAUCUCUUGGGGAUCAUGAAUGGAAUAGAACUCAACAAAUUGGAGUCCUAAGUAGUCACCAUUUUGAAAGUGACACUGAAAUGUCUGAUAUUGAUGAUGAUGACAGAGAAACAAUUUUUAGCUCAAUGGAUCUUCUCUCUCCAAGUGGUCAUUCUGAUGCCCAGACCCUAGCUAUGAUGCUUCAGGAACAAUUGGAUGCCAUCAACAAAGAAAUAAGGCUAAUUCAAGAAGAAAAAGAAUCUACCGAGUUGCGCGCUGAAGAAAUUGAGAAUAGAGUGGCGAGUGUGAGCUUGGAAGGCCUGAAUUUGGCAAGGGUCCACCCAGGCACGUCCAUCACUGCCUCUGUUACGGCGUCGUCGCUGGCCAGUUCGUCGCCCCCCAGUGGACACUCGACGCCAAAGCUCACCCCGCGAAGUCCUGCCAGGGAAAUGGAUCGAAUGGGAGUCAUGACGCUGCCAAGUGAUCUAAGGAAACAUCGAAGAAAGAUUGCAGUGGUAGAAGAAGAUGGUCGGGAGGAUAAAGCAACCAUUAAAUGUGAAACUUCUCCUCCCCCCACACCCAGAGCCAUCAGAAUGACUCACACCCUCCCCUCUUCCUACCACAAUGAAGCCAGAAGUAGUUUAUCUGCCUCUCUCGAGCCAGAAAGCCUUGGGCUUGGAAGUGCCAAUAGCAGCCAAGACUCUCUUCACAAAGCCCCCAAGAAGAAAGGAAUCAAGUCUUCAAUAGGACGCUUAUUUGGUAAAAAAGAGAAAGCUCGUCUUGGACAACUCCGAGGCUUUAUGGAGACGGAAGCUGCAGCUCAGGAAUCUCUGGGAUUAGGCAAACUUGGAACACAAGCUGAAAAGGACAGAAGACUUAAAAAAAACACAUCUGGGCAUGAACUUCUUGAAGAAGCUCGGAGGAAAGGAUUGCCUUUUGCCCAGUGGGAUGGACCCACUGUGGUGGCUUGGCUAGAGCUCUGGUUGGGAAUGCCUGCCUGGUAUGUGGCAGCUUGCAGAGCCAAUGUGAAAAGUGGUGCCAUCAUGUCUGCUCUAUCAGACACUGAGAUCCAGAGAGAAAUAGGCAUCAGCAAUCCUCUGCAUCGCUUAAAACUCCGAUUAGCCAUCCAGGAGAUGGUUUCCCUCACAAGCCCUUCAGCUCCUCCAACAUCUCGAACUCCUUCAGGCAACGUUUGGGUGACCCAUGAAGAAAUGGAAAAUCUUGCAGCUCCAGCCAAAACGAAAGAAUCUGAGGAAGGAAGCUGGGCCCAGUGUCCGGUUUUUCUACAGACCCUGGCUUAUGGAGAUAUGAACCAUGAAUGGAUUGGAAAUGAGUGGCUUCCCAGCCUGGGGUUACCUCAAUACAGAAGUUACUUUAUGGAAUGCUUGGUUGAUGCAAGAAUGUUAGAUCACCUAACAAAGAAAGAUCUUCGUGUUCAUUUAAAAAUGGUGGAUAGUUUCCAUCGAACAAGUUUACAGUAUGGAAUCAUGUGCUUAAAAAGGUUGAAUUAUGACAGAAAAGAACUAGAGAGAAGACGAGAAGCAAGCCAACAUGAAAUAAAAGAUGUGUUGGUGUGGAGCAAUGAUCGAGUUAUUCGCUGGAUACAAGCAAUUGGACUUAGAGAAUAUGCAAAUAAUAUUCUUGAAAGUGGUGUGCAUGGCUCACUUAUAGCCCUGGAUGAGAACUUUGACUACAGCAGCUUAGCUUUGUUACUACAAAUUCCAACACAGAACACCCAGGCCCGGCAGAUACUUGAAAGGGAAUACAAUAACCUGUUGGCCCUGGGAACAGAACGGCGGCUGGAUGAAAGUGAUGACAAGAAUUUCCGACGUGGAUCAACCUGGAGAAGGCAAUUUCCUCCACGUGAAGUCCACGGGAUCAGCAUGAUGCCUGGGUCCUCAGAAACAUUACCAGCUGGAUUUAGGUUAACCACAACAUCGGGGCAGUCGAGGAAAAUGACAACAGAUGUUGCUUCAUCAAGACUGCAGAGGUUAGACAACUCCACUGUUCGCACAUACUCAUGUUGACAAGCCACUCAAAGGAGGCAGCACUGACCUGCUAUGUCAUCUUUUCAGUCUACUCUACCUAAAGUGCACUACCAUCUAAGAAGACAAGCAAUGAAAACCUUUGUGAAGACCGAAUUCAAAGGAAAUAAUAACAAGUAAUGGUUUAAAAGCUGAAAAUGUGAUUUUUUUUUGGGGGGGAUCAGAUAUUAAGCUUGAUUAGUUUACUAAAUUGUAAUAAAAUGCUUAAGUCAUUUGAAUAAUAAGCAUCAUCCACAUCAUAAAUUCUGUACAACAGAUGCUUUUAUGAAAUGGAGCCACUUGUUUUUUCAUGUUGUAAUAUACUAGACAUUUAUGUAUUACUGUGUAUUUCUUUUUAAAUGUGUAAGUCUUAUGUAAAUGGAUAUAAAUAUGAUUUUUUAAAAAAUAAAAUAUAUGGUUCAUGGAGUCUUGAGUGCAAACAUUUGACAAUUCCAAGUACUGUUUGUAUUUUGCCAUUCCAUCAUUUUUACAGUUUUUGAAUUGUAACAGUCAAAUCAAUGUUUCCUUGAAGCAUGUUUCAUGCUUCAACAUCUUCCUCCUUCAAGUCUGUCUAUAUUUAAAGCUGAACACCUGCCUCUGAUCAUUAAAAAAAAAUGAUUUAACCUGGAACUGGAGCCAAAAAAUGACCUUUAAAGGCAAUCAGGGAUGUCCUAUAACUUUAGAAAUAGCACUGUGAUGGCUCAAUCUCCUUUUCGAUACUAAACAAAGCCAAACUGUUUACAAGAGUCAUAAGCAAUUAUUUAAAAAAUUUAUAUUAAAAAUCCAUUAUCUUCUCUUGUUAUCUGUGGACCAAGAUAAAAAGAAAACUUCUUUACUAAGAACCACAUGUUCAUUCAAAUACCUUGAACCACCAGCCAGCACUGGACAGUGAAGGUCAACCACUGCGGAGUCUGAGGCUCAUUUUCACUGAAAAAAAUCACAACCCCAGAAAUCUCUUCCUUUUUUUCGAUGUAACAAGGCAUUAGCCAGAUUCAUGUUUAAUGUUAUAAGCUUUCAGCCGAGAUGGCCUUGUGGAUCUUCCCUGAAGUCAGUUUUAUCAGAGGAAAUAAAUGAAAGACAGAGUGAUUACAUAUAUAGUGUAUAAAAAGUAUAGAAGAGUAACAUCUUCCCUGUGGCUUUAUUUCUUGGUGUUACUGUUGUUUAUUCUUUGUUUAUAUGGGAGAUUUCAAAGUAAAACCUAUUUAAUAAUACCAUUUAUCUAACUGCUUAUUUUCUGCUGCUUGGUCUUAUGAAGCGCAAAACCUGUCAUUAGUUAAUUUCUUUUUUGUAUUUUAAUUUGCUAUGUUUGCACGUACACUACAUUUGUUUUGAUGUCUAUUUUUAUUAAACAGAUUCAGUCAAAAGGUAAUGGUAACAGAAACCCUCUCCAUUGUCAAUAAAAAAAUACUUCCAGUUCUCUGUUUAAGCUUGCUUUCUAGUGAUACAACAUUUGUCUAGUGAACUAUGAUGAAAACCAUUCUUUCAAUGACUCAGAAUCUAAUAUUUCACCUCAAAAUGUAGUUUGCCACAAGAGGGAGUACUAAACUAGAUUAUGGAAGUGGUUUUAAAUUUUUCUUCAAUGUUGCUUGAGCAGAAACAAUGGGAAAGGGCUUUUAACCUCACCUGAAAAUGGAAAUUUUGAUUCAUAGAAAUAAAAUGAUACAGAAACUAUGAUAUUAAAAUGCCACAAGUAGAUCUGUCUUUAUUCUUAUACCACUGAGUUAGCUUUCUAUCACAGAAAUAUCUGUGACAAUUAGCUUAUAAAGACAAAAGGAUUGUUUUGACUGACACAGUUUUGGAGUUUCCAGUCAAAGGUCAAGCAGACCAAUUGUUUUGAGCCUCUGGUGAGCAUGCGGGAUGGCAAUGAUGAAGAG